CCGCCCCCGCCGCCCGGCUGCCCCCUGAGGCGCUUGGCAGCGGGCAGCGAAAGCGAGUCAGUCAGCCAGUGGCAGUCCGCCUGCCUGCCUCGCGGCGAAGCCCCUGUUCCGCGUCCUCCUCCUCCUUCCCCAUUCAGCGGCUCGCGGGGGUCGUCGUGCUUCUCCGCCCUCAGCCCCCCGAGCAACAUGGAAAGUGCGGCGGGGGGAGCCGAGUUCAACAUUCUCCUGGCCACCGACUCCUACAAGGUGACACAUUAUAAACAAUACCCACCCAAUACAAGCAAAGUUUAUUCCUACUUCGAAUGUCGUGAAAAGAAGACAGAAAACUCUAAAUUCAGGAAGGUGAAAUAUGAGGAAACGGUUUUUUACGGGUUGCAGUACAUUCUUAAUAAAUACUUAAAAGGCAAAGUGGUAACCAAAGAGAAAAUCCAGGAAGCCAAAGAGGUAUACAGGGAACACUUUCAGGAUGAUGUCUUCAACGAAACUGGCUGGAACUACAUCCUUGAGAAGUACGAAGGUUGUCUUCCCAUAGAAGUCAAGGCUGUUCCUGAGGGCAGUGUCGUUCCCAGGGGGAAUGUGCUCUUCACGGUUGAAAACACCGAUCCGGACUGUUACUGGCUCACAAACUGGAUCGAGACUAUUCUUGUUCAGUCAUGGUAUCCCAUCACAGUGGCCACAAACUCCAGAGAACAAAAGAAAAUCUUAGCAAAAUAUCUGCUAGAAACCUCAGGCAGUUUAGAAGGUCUGGAGUACAAACUACAUGAUUUCGGUUACAGAGGAGUCUCUUCGCAAGAGACUGCAGGAAUAGGAGCGUCUGCGCACUUAGUGAACUUUAAAGGAACUGACACAGUAGCGGGAAUUGGUUUAAUUAAGAAGUACUAUGGAACGAAAGACCCUGUGCCAGGCCAUUCAGUACCAGCUGCAGAACACAGUACUAUAACAGCUUGGGGAAAAGACCACGAAAAAGAUGCUUUUGAACACAUUGUGACACAAUUUUCUUCAGUGCCUGUAUCUGUGGUCAGUGACAGUUACGACAUUUACAAUGCUUGUGAAAAGAUAUGGGGUGAAGAUUUAAGACAUUUAAUUGAAUCAAGAAGUGCAGAAGCGCCACUGAUUAUUAGGCCAGAUUCAGGAAAUCCUCUUGACACUGUGCUAAAGGUUUUGGAGAUUCUAGGAAGGAAGUUCCCUAUUACAGAAAAUGAAAAAGGCUAUAAACUGUUGCCCCCUUACUUAAGAAUUAUUCAAGGAGAUGGUGUAGAUAUCAACACAUUACAAGAGAUGGUGGAAGGAAUGAAACAAAAUAAAUGGAGCAUUGAAAAUAUUUCAUUUGGGUCCGGUGGAGCUUUACUGCAGAAAAUAACUAGGGACCUCUUGAAUUGUUCCUUCAAAUGCAGUUACGUGGUAACCAACGGCCUUGGGGUAAACGUGUUUAAAGAUCCUGUAGCUGAUCCCAACAAAAGGUCAAAGAAAGGCAGGUUGUCUUUACACAGGACUCCCGAUGGAGACUUCGUUACGCUAGAAGAAGGCAAGGGAGACCUUGAAGAAUAUGGGCAGGAUCUCCUUCAUACAGUGUUUAAGAAUGGAAUAGUAACGAAGUCCUACUCGUUUGAUGAAGUAAGAAAAAAUGCCCAGCUGAAGAAUAGUGAACUGACAGAGGCAUCUCACUAAAGUUUCAUUCCAUGUUUGUAUUUGUGUAACAACUGUGUACUGCACAGCUAAUGAUUUCUUGUACAGAUCUGUGUGUUUCUGUUUGCCACAUUAUAGCCAAAUUAUUUGUUGGUUUAUGGACAUCACUGCCCUCUCUCUUCUUUUCCUUUAUUUUUGCCAGCCUUUAGAGAAAAAAAUGGAGUUGGGAAAACACUUGCAGUGUAAAAUAUGUGCUUCUAGGAGUCCUUUGGUAUUCAAUCUGGUAUUGAGCUCCUCAUUGAUGAGACACAACUGAGACUUUUUAUACAUAUAAAUAUAUAUAUAUAUAGCAACAUACCACAAAACAGAUCUGCAUAAAAGUAUCAUUGCUUUAUGUUUAUAUUUACCUUGUAUUUUUGUACAAACAAGAUUGUGUAAAAUAUAUUUAAAAGUUACAAUUAUAAUGUCUUUCCAACUUUUCAUGAUUUUUAUGAGCACAGACUUUCAAGGAAAUAUUUUGGGGUGGGGGAAUACAUUGCCUUUGUGUCCAUUGAUCAGCAAAUAAAACAUGGCCUUAAGUUUUGUUGUGACAACUGUACUAUUUGGAAGUUUUAAUCAGGAUAGCUCCCUCAAAACCCACAGAGAAAGGGACUUUGCUGUUCAUUGUAGCUACCGGUCAGCGAAACCUCUUGUUCUUGUUGAGGUGCUGUGAGAAUAUAUAAACACAUAAACACUUUCUAGACAGUAGGCGAUAUAACUGGAAUGCCAAAUGAGGAAGGACUUCUUACUGCAACAAAGAUUGCCAAAUGCACCUCAAUAUUCCAAGAAUAUUGGAAUCUGAAAUCAGUGCAACUCAUUUCCAAGAAAGCAUGAAGGAGAUCUGGCAGCAGAACUUCUAAGGGAUUUCCUUCCGCUGCGGAACAUAUAUUUAUAUCUAAAAUAUUGACAGGUAGGGAAGUGAUGUAUUAAAGUAACUACACUUCGGGGUUUAUUUUUACAUAUAUUGUGACAAACUUAAAAGCAGAAUACUGGUCUUAGUUGUGCACUUUUUUACUUUUUGUAUUUUGGUCUUUGAUUUUGCCUUUUUGUCAGACUGGAUGUUGACCUUGUAUAGACGUCUUAACUAUUUUUUUUGUUGAACAACUUUAAUAAAACAUUAUACUAGCAAACUCCUUUUACAUUGGAAGCCUCCCCUAUAGGGGAUACUAUGCAGAGGUGAACUAUUUUAAAUACUAAAGGUGAUGAAAGGUACUCUUUUCAUGACUGCACUUGAUUCACUUUCUACACAUGCUUUGAAUUUCUUACUAAAGAACAAGUCUGUUGGUGAAUGACUUGGCAUGCUGUAUCAAGUUCUCAGGUGUACAGCCAUACUUCAGGUUGGUAGAAGACAUGGAUUUGUCAGCCUUUCUAGAGGAAGCAAUAUAAUUUUGGUUCGUUAGCUCUGGUGAGGGAUAAAAUCUCGGAUCGCUGUAUAGGUGACGCGUAAGUGGGUUUAAACUAUUAUCUGGGAAAUGGUUCAGAAGAGCUCUAACAUAAUGGAGAAAACAAAGAUAAUAUACUUUUUGAAAUGCUUGAAAAGCCAUAUUUUAAUAUUCCUGCUAUGGAACACAUGUAAUUCCACAGUCUUGAUCUAUUUUGUGUUAGAAGGUUUUCUACGUUAUUGCUAUCAGAAAUAGUGGUUUGGUUAGCACUCUGAACAGUGAGUUUCACUCCUAGAAAUGUCCUUACCCUGAUAACUGAAGUAGCUUGUCUUGGGCUGAAAAAGUUCAAAAACUGAUUCAAGGUCAGCAUGGUUAAGCUUCCACAUAAUGUACCAAGGAAAGAACUGUAUGAUAAGUGAUACAAGAAACCUGGCAAGUCUUUCAACUGAUAUUUUUAUACUUGAGGGCAAUGGAGAGGCAUAUUCUUCUAUGCACCCUGCGUUCCCUGGGUGUUUGAUUUCUAAUUCCUCACCUAUCCUAGUUGGAAAAUCCUGAGCUCUUACCAUCAAGGAUUUAGUGUUAAGACGGUUGACACCUGAAACGUGAAGUAGUUUGGUGCUGGAUACAACUUUACAGAGCUUGAACCUUAAAUAUCCUAAUUCUUCCAUGCAAAAGCAAGCAGUGUGUUUGGGUUUGCUUUUAUCAAUUAGGAUCGUAUGGACUUAGAUCUUUAGCUCCCAUUUCAUUGUAGUGCAGUACUUGUUUUUAAAAAACGGCAGUUGGGAAGCUUUGUGUUUAAUUUAUUUGUAACCUGUAUUUAACAUAAGAAAUUAUUUUUAUGACUAUUUUUUUCUCAGAGGAAUGAUUAUGAAAUUGAUAUGAAAUCUUUUUAUAGCAAAGAAUCCACCUUGGGAGAUUUGAGAUGUAUUUAUUGUUUGCCAAAAUUCAAAAAGUAAACAGAAUUUUCUCUAGUUUUACAUUCCUUCUUAACCUACUUAGCCGAGUAAGUAUUCUUCACCUAAAUCCUGUGUUUUAGUCAAAAUGUACUUUGCAUUAAAGACAAAUGUAAUAAACAUGGAAAUAAAGUUUUAGUUCCAGUAGUAAAACAUAUAGCUAUUUGAUUUUA